CGAGCGGAGCGGAGACCCGGAUGGUUCGGAGCAACGGCGGCGGCGGAGGGAAGAAGUGACCACCAGAAUACAAGGCUUUCUGGCCCCUCAACCUCAGUCUUAUCCCUCAGUCUGCAUCUGCCCAACCUCCCUCCCUCCUCUCCACCCUCCGCCCACCACACACACCUCUGAGGAACGGCUGCGCCCGGUAAUGCUCUAAGGAUCUCCCCACCCCCACUCACCCACUACCUGCCCCGAUGACGGACACCAGACCCCGGCCACAGACGCCAGACGUUUCUUCCCCCUCGGGCCUCCUGAGGAGCACCGGUGACCGGGCCCUGGGGAGUCAACAGUAAGAUGAUGGACCAGGAAAGUGGCGGCGAGGCAGUGAAAGGAAGUGGUUAUCAGUGGCGGAACUACAAGCUGGUGGCUGAUCCCACCAUAAGACGGGUCCCACAGAAAGUCUAUCGAUAUGACGGACUCUACUUCAACUUACCAGAUGCCGGUUUCCCACCUGUUGGAGAUGUUCGAGAUCCUCGACAACGACGUAUCUGGACUAAGCAUCGUGACAUCUCGCUUCCUGUGCCAAAGUUCAAGUUCGACGAGUACUAUGUGGGGUCAGUUCCCCUGAAGGAGGUGACCUUCGCCCGUCUCAACGACAACAUCAAAGAGGGCUUCCUGGCUGACAUGUGCAAGAAGUUUGGCGACAUUGAGGAGAUUGAGAUCCUCUACAACCCUAAGAACAAGAAGCACCUCGGCUUGGCCAAGGUGGUGUUCACCAGCACGCGGGGCGCCAAGGACACCGUCAAGAACCUCCACAACACCUCCGUGAUGGGGAACAUCAUCCACGCCCAGUUGGACAUCAAAGGACAGCAGAGGAUGAAGUACUUUGAGCUCAUAGUGAAUGGUUUCUACACACCGCAGACGGUGCCUACAGGAGGGAAAGCUCUUACGGACAAGUUCCCGGUACACCAGGGGGACAUGGCCAAUGACCCCAGGCGACGGAGAUCUUGUGACGCCAGUUACCCGGGCAAUGCCAGCCAGCCCACCACCCCUGGCAAUGGCACCCCCUGCUCCCAGGACACGGCAUACUCGAGCGGGCACCAGGACACCCCUUCUUCCUUCGGACAGUAUACCCCGCAGUCCCAGGGCACGCCCUACACUCCAAGGGGAGGCACCCCCUUCUCACAGGACUCCCCAUUCUCCAGCAGGCAGGGCACUCCAUCCUACCAGUCCUACCAGCAGGAUUCAGCCUACAAGUCACGCCGCCAUUCCUCGACUGGAUCCUACCCGCGACGCCACGCGCCACACCCUCCCUUCCUCCCUUACCGACCCACGGAGCAGCAGCCUCCGCCUCCUCCCCAGCCCCAUCUCCGCUUCUCCGGCUUCCCCCAGUCCUUCCGACCCUCAACGUCCUCCUCCUCCUCCUUCCUGCCGGCCGGUGACGGCUCCCACUACCUGCCCCAGCCUGAGUCCGGCCUCGCCCCGGCCCCCUACCCCAGCCCCGCACCCUACCCCACCUACGGCAAGGAGCCCGCGGCCUUCCCCUUCCCGCCGGGGUCAGAGGCCUACGGCAGGCCCGUCGGGGGCCCGGACUCCCCGGCCGAGGGCCGGCCCCCCUCCCCGCCCCCUCCCGGCGCCCCCGCGCCCUCUCCUCCCCCCUCUGACUCCCCCCCUCCGGCCGAGAGUCUGCCCUGCGCCCGGCACCCGAGCCUGGACUCCCGCAUCGAGAUGCUCCUCCGCGCCCAGCGUCCUGCCUUCUCCUUCCUGGUCAACGACUCGGAGGACGAGGAGGAACGGAGGGGAGGGGGGCGGGAGGGGGAGGGGGACGGGGUGAGUGGGGCCUGGGUGGGGGAGGGGGAGGAGGAGGUGGAGGGGGAGGUGGGGAGGGAAGAGGAGGUGGAGAUGCUGGAGGAGGAAGAGGAGGAGGAGGAGCGGCGAAGGGGCCCUCCCCCGCCCCCUGAGGUCCGCCCCCCGCCCCUCCCUCCCCCUCCACCUCCCCCUCCGCCCCCUCCACCCACUGGCUUCGAAGACGUCCGCCCGUCCUUGGGACCCCCACCGCCUCCACCGCCCUCCCCUCCGCCAAACCCUCCCCUGCCCCCUCCUCUCCCAGCGCACAGGCGGGUAGAAGCUGGAGAGCGCGAGGCCAAUGGAGAUGAGAUGACAUCUGCCCCCUCCUCUGGCGAGGACAUGGAGAUCUCGGAUGAUGAGCUGGGUGACCCUCACCCAUCUGAGCGGAUCGAGGUGGCCGGCCCGUUCCCCUCGUUCGGGCCUGCCCGGUCCGAGCCAGCCUCCCUGAGGGGCAGCGGGGGUGGUGGGGGCAGUGGCCCUGCCCCUCCGGCCCCAGCCCCGGCCGCGGCACCCCCCUUCCCUCCCCACAUCUACGACUAUGUGAACCCCCUGGAGCUGGUCAGCCGGCUGGGUAGCCAGUGGGGGGGGCUGCCCAUGUCUUUCCAGAUGCAGACGCAGAUGUUGACCCGCCUGCAGCAGCUGGCCAGGAGCAAAGGUCCACCUGGGGCCGGCUCCUUCCCUGCCUACCCCUGCCAGGGGGCCUUUGGGGCCUACGGAGUCUACACCACGCCCGAGAGGGAUGGCAGACUCUUCCCAGAGCCUCUGCUGCCCCCCUCCGUCCCCUCGUCCACCUCCUCCACCUCCACCGCUGCUACCAGCUCCUCCUCCUCCUCGUCAGCCACCUCGGCCGAGCCUCACGCGGCGCCCCCCUGGCAGGGCGAGGCCCCCAAAAAUGACCCACACCUCUCGACGGUGGACGGUGUCCUCUCGGCCUUGGUCCUGGAGAUGAAGAACAUCAUGAAGCGGGACCUCAACCGCAAGAUGGUGGAGAUGGUGGCGUUCCGAACCUUCGACGAGUGGUGGGAGCGCAAGGAGCAGAAGGCCAAGCCCUUCCACAACACAGCGAGACUCCAAGCGAAGGAGGAGGAGAAGCCCAGGCCCAAGGAGCCUUCCAUGUUCUCGCUGGUGGACUGGGCCAAGAGUGGUGGGUUUGGAGGCUCAGCCAGUGGUGCCAGUGGUCUAGAGGCCUACGGCUUUGGGAUGGGUCUCCGAGCCUCACUGAGACUGCCAUCGUUCAAGGUGAAAAGGAAGGAACUGUCAGACCUUCCUGAGAGCGUGGAACUGAAACGCCCUCGCCAGACCCUCGCUCUGUACGAAGAGGAUGAAGAGAUGGAACGGGAGAAGGAGACCUCGGACGCGGCCAGCCACCCCUCAGAGGCACCCAAACGUGAUACUGAGAUGGGCAAGAAACGUAGCAAGCCCUCCAAGGCCUUGGACCUGAACAGCGAGGGCGAGGAGGAGGAGGAGACGUCGGAGAAGGAAGAGGAGGAGGAGGAGGAGGAGGAGGAGGAGGAGGAAGAGGCUGGUGAAUUGGAGGGCAGUGAGAAAGAAGAUUCUGAAGAAGAUGAGGCCGCCAGCGACACAUCCUCAAGAGCCGGCGAGUCUGAUGAGGCGUCCGAAGCUUCAACGGGCUUCGCCAGCAGCUCUGAGGAGGAGGAGGAGGAGGAGGAGAUGGCAGACACGAUGGACGACUCCACCAUGGACAGCUCUGUGACGUGUGAGAAAGAGUCCAAGCUCGAGCAGGCGACAGAGGCGGCAGGCAGAGGUUCCCAGGAGCCGCAGCUGAAAGAGGAGAGUGGCCAGCCGGCAGCAGACGGAGAGGAGAGCAGCAGAGAGCCUUUGGAUGCUACGGUGAAGUCCGAAGGGAUGGAGGAAUCUGCAGUUAAAGCAGAGUGCACAGAUACGCCAGAGAAACCUCCUCCUCUGACACCUGCAGCCAAGCCCCAGGUACCCAGCCUCCCUGAGGAGACGGGAGUGAGCACCCGCCAGGCACCCGUGCCCCAGCCCACGCCUCGGAAGAGGGUGUCCUUCUCUCUGUCAGAGGAGGAGGAGGAGGCAAAGAGGGAGCUGUCGGCCGGCCCCACCACCAUCUCCAACCUGCCGCUGGAUCACGCCGGGCUGGUGAAGUCGCCGUCUGCCCUCGUCGGGGCCCGGGCACGCCCCCAUCACCGGCAGGACACCUUGGCGGAGGAGAGCCUCCGCUUCCGGGAGCAGCUGGGCGCCUCCUCUCUUCUUCAGCUGGCCAACACCCCCCUCUCUCCUCCCCACGCACCCUCAUCCUCCUCGUCCUCGGAGAAAGGGGUGGACCUGGCCGGGCUGGCCAGCAUUGCCCUCACCUUUGGCAAGGGGAGACCCCCUUCCCCUUCCCUCUCCCAUUCUUCCUCUUCCUCGUCCUCCGGCUCCUCGGACGGGGAGGAGGAGGAGGCAGAGGGGGCCGCCCCUCUCGCCCCCUGCCGUCCGGAGCGCCUCUUCCACCUGGAGCACAGCUACGCCAAGCCUGCCCCCCUCCCCUCGCCACCGCCUCGGCGCCGCAGGACCCCCGAGGCCCCCCGACCCCAGCUGGACACCUCCGCCGCCCCGCCUCCCCCUCCCGAGCUUCUCAGCGACCAUCUGGACGCAGUGCUGGAGGCGCCGGAAGAGGUCGUCUGUGCCCCAUACCCCGAGGCUGACCUCCGGGUCCCUGCUGCUGCAGAGGAGGACGAGGAGAGGGGCAGUAGUGAGGAGGAGGCAAGGACUCCCUUGAUCCCCAAGAGGCUGGAACCAGGCGAGGUGCCCCCUGCUGGCAGGAAGGGGGAGGGUGCUGGCAGGUUUCAGCUGCGCUCUGAGUUCGAGGAGAUGGCUGUCCUGUACGAGAUCUGGAACUCAGGUUUGGACCCCGAGGACCUUCACUACCUCCGCCUCACCUAUCAGCAGCUGCUGCAGGAGGACACUGCCCUUGACUGGCUUAACGACACACACUGGGUCUUCCACACCGUCACCAACAUCCCUAGCCCGAAGAGGAAAAGGCGCUCGGAGGACGGGCUGAGGGAGCACCUGUCGGGAAGCGCCAGGAGCGAGGGAUUCUACAAGAUCAGCAAGAAGGAAAAGGACACUUAUCUGCGGGUUCCUGUCACUGCCCGAGAGACCCUCCCCACCCACUCUCUCCUCUCCAACCCUGCCCCCACCAGCCAGGGCUCGAACCGGCUGCUGUCGGAGCGGCGUUCUGAACAGAGGCGGCUGCUGACUGCCAUCGGCGCGUCUGCCGUCCUUGACAGUGACCUGCUCAAGUUCAAUCAGCUCAAGUUCCGGAAGAAGAAGCUAAGGUUUGGCCGGAGCCGUAUACACGAAUGGGGUCUGUUCGCAAUGGAGCCCAUUGCAGCUGACGAGAUGGUCAUCGAAUACGUGGGACAGAACAUCCGUCAGAUGGUCGCUGACAUGCGGGAGCGGAGGUACGAGGAGGAAGGCAUCGGCAGCAGCUACCUGUUCCGGGUGGAUCAUGACACAAUCAUCGACGCCACCAAGUCCGGGAACCUUGCCCGUUUCAUCAACCACUGUUGUACGCCGAACUGCUAUGCCAAAGUCAUUACACUGGAGGCGCAGAAGAAGAUCGUCAUCUACUCGAAGCAACCCAUCAGUGUCAAUGAGGAGAUUACCUACGACUACAAGUUCCCCAUCGAAGAGAACAAGAUCGCCUGCCUGUGCGGGACGGAGAAUUGUCGAGGCACUUUGAACUGAGGGAGCUGU